UUUCACCGACGAAAUUGCAAGCUUCAGCAUCACACAAGCCUCAACAUCGUCAUGGCUGCUCAACAGAUGCAAUUCCGGGAGCAGACAGCUAUGGAUGAGCAAGACCAUGACUCAAGUAUGAGCGUCGACGAAGACCACUCAAAUCCCGAGAGCCAGUCGCCGAAGCCGGAUCGCGGCCGCAAAGAUAAGGGCGCACAGCCAGGACGUGUCGCCUGUGGACGAUGCAGAAGGCUCAAAGUCAAGUGUCGCUAUAAAGAUGAAGAGGCCUCGUGUUUGCGCUGUACUUCCUCGAAGCAAGAAUGCAUCGAAGCUGUCAGUCAGCGUAAGCCAAAGCGCAAGAUGGACGCGAAGGCGGCGCACUAUGAGGAGACUAUCAGAAACUUGCAAGAAACCAUCAAUCAGCUACAAAGAGAGCGGGUCUCGGGGAGUAGCGCUUCGUCGAUACGUCCAGCUAUAUUGCCCUUCAACCAACCAUUUCAGAGCUCUGCUUCACCGCUGUAUACCACAACGAGCAAUGCUCGAGCCGAAGUGCCCAUUCAUCUACCGGUUCCAAAAGCUGGAGUCCAAAAUACAAGUCCUGGUCUCGGAUUGCCGAGCCUCCCAGCGUAUGAUGGCUCAGUUGCAUCGCAGCCUCCUGCGCAGCACGAGAAUGGACUGGGAGCUACGUUUAGCGGCCAGUCGGUACCUGCGUCUGAAGCCAAUCAGGGUGUAAGUGAGUUCAUCAACAACGGUUUGAUCACGCAAAGCCAAGCUCAGGCAUUCUUUGAUCGCGCACGGUACGGUCAGAUUGCUUCUUACGGAGCGCUUGCGAUUCCGGAAAAGAUCAGCUUUGCAGACGUUCGUCGCUGUCGCCCACUGGUCGCUAUGUGUGCUGUCGCUGUUGGUGCACAAGAAGACUCCAAGGAGCUUUACUUGGAGCUCGUCUCGCAAUGCAAGCGCAAGAUUCUGAAUGAAUACUAUAUUCAAGGUUCCCGUAAGCUUGACGUCUUGCAGGCCAUGUUGCUCGCAAACGAGCGGUUCAGCUUCAGUGCUGGGGCACCGCACGUGAGCAUGACUUUCGCUCUGAUAGCAUACGAGCUGACGCUCGACUUGGGUAUGCACACACCGACGACGCGGGUUCGCGAAGAUGCCUGGGACGAUCUGGAGUAUGAGCGCACAUUCAUGGGCGUAUUCAUGACUCUCAGCUGUAUGAUGCUCGCAUCAAAGAGGCAACCAGAACGUGUACCCUGGAAUAGCUGGCAUUCAACGUGCAAGGCGCGACUCGAAGCAAGCAAUAAGCAUGACCGCAUUUGUGCAAAGCUGACGGUGGUACCACGUAUCGGCCGAGAAAUCUUUGAGUGUAUCGACUGUCUGACGCCGGCCAUUGUCCGCUCCUUUCAGCAACGCAUUGUUGAGUUCCAGGCGGAACUCGUCGAUGCGACUCAUCCUAUGCUGCAAAUUUGCACAGGUAUGCUGACGUUGACAUUGCAUGAAGGCUAUAUCUUUGGAGUGCGCAACCCGCAAGAGGCUGGUUCAGAUCGUACGCAACUUCUCUUGUCGAUGCAGCACAUUUGCAACGCUCUCGAAAAUGUCAUCGACACCAUCAAUCGCAUCUCCAAUCUCGCCGCCUACCCAGCGUUCUUUGCCUUCAAGCCCCAUUCGGCGCUCGUCGCUCUUGCAAAGGUGCAGCGCCAUCUUGGCAUCAAUGACGGCCAAGUUCAACACUAUGCAGAACUGGUAGAACGCGGGCUGUUUGUGCCGGAUGGGUCUGCACCGCGAUCACACAUCACUGCACUGUUGAUUGGCAAGACAAAGCAGAUCGUGCAUUGGUAUAACACAGCAGCGGAGGUCAAUGCUACAGAUUCUCUCUUCGAUAUUCUCGGCAUGCAUAAGGAUCCCAAUCAGCGGAAUGUCACGAUGCAGCCCCAAAUGUGUGGUGCUGACCGCACAGUAUAUACACCGGCACCUGUCCAAACCUCAGACCGUUCUAGCUUCGCUUCCGGUCAACCAUCAGACAGACAACCCGGCUCUUACCUGUCGCCGCCCAUAUCGGAAAGUGCACAGCUCAUGAUACAUCAGCAAGGACUAUAUGACGGCACCGCACAACCAGGGUCUGUCCUUCAGCCGCAGCUAGGUGCGUCGGACCAGCAGCAAGGUGCCGGCUCUGAUUUUGUUCCCUUCAAUAUGAUGACUGGCUGGCCUAACAAUGCUAGUACUGGCGCUUUCAACUUUACCGAUCAAGCAGCCACUGAUCUUUGGUACUUUUCAGAACUCAACGGCAUGCCAAUUAUUGGCGUUUAAAUAUGCAUUUCAUGGGUGGAAAUGAAUAUGUAGUAAAUGGUUUGAAUUCAUAUUCAUAUGUACUGUCCUGUAGAAGCUUUGAAGCAACUA